AGGUAAGGCGGGGUUUUCUGCUGUGGGGCGCAUGCGUGCAGAAAAGGAUGGAGGAUUCGGAACCGGAACGGAAGCGGGCUCGUACCGACGAGGCGACUGCCGCAGGAAGCCGUUCCGAGGCGGAGGAUGAGGACGACGAGGACUAUGUGCCCUACGUGCCAUUGCGACAGCGCCGACAGCUGCUGCUCCAGAAGCUGCUACAGCGAAGACGCAAGGGAGCCGCGGAGGAGGAGCAGCAGGACAGUGGCAGUGACCACCGGGGAGAUGAGGACGACAUCCCUCUGGGCCCUCAGUCCAAUGUCAGCCUCCUGGAUCAGCACCAGCACCUCAAAGAGAAAGCUGAAGCCCGCAAGGAGUCUGCCAAGGAAAAGCAGCUGAAGGAAGAGGAGAAGAUCCUGGAGAGUGUGGCUGAGGGCCGAGCCUUGAUGUCAGUGAAGGAGAUGGCCAAGGGAAUCACAUAUGAUGAUCCAAUUAAAACCAGUUGGACACCUCCCCGUUAUAUCCUGAGUAUGUCUGAAGAGCGGCAUGAGCGUGUACGGAAAAAAUACCACAUCCUGGUGGAAGGAGAUGGUAUCCCACCACCCAUCAAGAGCUUCAAGGAAAUGAAAUUUCCUGCAGCCAUCCUGAGAGGCCUGAAGAAGAAAGGCAUCCACCACCCAACGCCUAUUCAGAUCCAGGGUAUUCCCACCAUUCUAUCCGGCCGUGACAUGAUAGGCAUCGCCUUCACGGGUUCAGGCAAGACGCUGGUGUUCACUUUGCCUGUCAUCAUGUUCUGCCUGGAACAAGAAAAGAGAUUACCUUUCUCCAAGCGUGAAGGGCCCUAUGGACUCAUUAUCUGUCCCUCGCGAGAGCUGGCCCGGCAGACCCACGGCAUCCUGGAGUAUUAUUGCCGCUUGCUGCAGGAGGACAGCUCGCCACUCCUGCGCUGCGCACUUUGCAUCGGGGGCAUGUCUGUCAAAGAGCAGAUGGAGACCAUCCGACAUGGUGUGCACAUGAUGGUGGCCACCCCUGGGCGCCUCAUGGAUCUACUGCAAAAGAAGAUGGUCAGCCUAGACAUCUGUCGCUAUCUGGCCCUAGACGAGGCUGACCGCAUGAUUGACAUGGGUUUUGAGGGUGACAUCCGCACCAUCUUCUCCUACUUCAAGGUACCCGUCCCUGCCUGGCCAGGGUACUCCACCCUCAGGGCUGCCCACCCACUGUCCCAGCUGCUUAGCUUCCCCAGCCCCCAUGUGCCCUCAGCCCCAGCUCUUUCUCAGGGCCAGCGACAGACCCUACUCUUCAGUGCCACCAUGCCUAAGAAAAUACAGAACUUUGCCAAGAGUGCCCUGGUGAAGCCUGUCACGAUCAAUGUGGGGCGCGCUGGGGCCGCCAGCCUAGAUGUCAUACAGGAGGUGGAAUAUGUGAAGGAGGAGGCCAAGAUGGUGUAUCUGCUCGAGUGCCUGCAGAAGACACCCCCGCCCGUGCUCAUCUUUGCAGAGAAGAAAGCAGAUGUGGAUGCCAUCCAUGAGUACCUGCUGCUUAAGGGGGUCGAGGCCGUGGCCAUCCAUGGGGGCAAAGACCAGGAGGAACGGACCAAGGCCAUCGAGGCAUUCCGGGAGGGCAAGAAGGAUGUUCUAGUGGCCACAGACGUAGCCUCCAAGGGCCUGGACUUCCCUGCCAUCCAGCACGUCAUCAAUUACGACAUGCCUGAGGAGAUUGAGAACUACGUGCACAGAAUAGGCCGCACUGGGCGCUCAGGAAACACAGGCAUCGCCACCACUUUCAUCAACAAGGCCUGCGAUGAGUCAGUGCUGAUGGACCUCAAAGCCCUGCUACUGGAGGCCAAGCAGAAGGUGCCACCUGUGUUGCAAGUGCUGCACUGUGGGGACGAGUCCAUGCUGGUCAUCGGAGAUGAACGAGGCUGUGCCUUCUGCGGGGGCUUGGGCCAUCGGAUCACUGACUGCCCCAAACUCGAGGCCAUGCAGACCAAGCAGGUCAGCAACAUCGGCCGCAAGGACUACCUGGCUCACAGCUCCAUGGACUUCUAGCCGUCUGUCAUCCCUCUCCAAGAGGCCUCAGUCUGGGUUCCAGUUGCCUCCCACACACCAGACCCUGGACAAGAAGCCAGCAUCUUCGGCCCAGCUGGCUUGGGCUAGGCUGGGCCUGGCCGCCUGCCCUCUGUGCCUCUGGAAUUACUAUGAUUGUUCCCCUUUAUCCCAGUUGCCAUUAAAGCACAAGCCUCUCUAGUCUCA